AUGUUACAAAACGGUUUCCGCGCAGCCCUAGUCCAGUGUUUAGUGGGAAAAGACCGGUUAAAGAAUCUCGAAAAUGCAUCAAACCUAAUCCACAAAGCAAAAUCAAACGGGGCCCAACUAGUCGCCCUACCUGAGUGCUUCAAUUCCCCCUAUGGAACAAAAUUUUUCGACGAAUAUGCCGAAAGCAUCCCUGAUGGGCCCACGAGCAAAAUGCUCUCAGAGGCGGCGAAAAAACACUCAAUUUAUAUCAUAGGGGGGACUUUCCCCGAAAGGGACGAUAACAAACUGUACAACACUUGCACAGUGUGGAACCCCAACGGUGAUUUGAUCGCCAAGUUCCGGAAAAUGCACCUGUUCGACAUCGAUAUCCCCGGGGGGAUUACGUUUAAGGAAUCUGAUAUUUUGUGCAGUGGCCGGGAUUUGGUCACUUUUGAAAUGUUCGGGGUUACUGUAGGUUUGGGGAUUUGUUACGACUUGAGAUUCGAAGAGCUUGCGAAACUUUACCGCAUUAAAGGUUGUAAAUUGCUAGUGUAUCCGGGGGCCUUUAACAUGACCACGGGCCCCCUUCAUUGGGAGUUACUCCAAAGGUCAAGGGCCCUAGAUAACCAACUCUAUGUCUUUGCGAUAAGCCCCGCAAGGGGCGAGCACGGCUACAUCGCAUGGGGGCACUCGCAAGUGACAGACCCGUGGGGCAAAGUGGUCGCACAGGCCAAACACGGGGAGGAAAUCAUCUACAGUGACCUUGAUUUCACCGAAUGUGAUAAAGUUAGGGCCCAAAUACCGAUUUUCGAUCAACGGCGUACAGAUAUUUACGAUACUGUUUGUAAAAUUUAAAAAUAAAUAAAUGUUAACCUAACCUCAAA